CUCGAAGGUCGUUAUCACAACCAUAUUUAAACAAGUGCCCAGGGCUACCAUUCAACCGAAUUUUCCGUCGACUCCCCUAGUCCUGCUUCCCGCUGCGACGCACUGACAAUGCCAGCCGUUGGAAUCGAUUUGGGUACGACAUACUCGUGCGUUGGAGUGUUCCAGCAUCACUGACAAUGCCGUUGGAAUCGAUUUGGGUACGACAUACUCGUGCGUUGGAGUGUUCCAGCAUGGAAAAGUGGAAAUCAUUGCCAACGAACGAUCAAAUCGCACGACACCCAGCUACGUUGCGUUCACGGAUACCGAACGACUGAUUGGCGAUGCUGCGAAAAAUCAAGUCGCAAUCAAUCCAAGCAACACUGUGUUCGAUGCGAAAAGACUGAUCGGUCGGCGAUUUGAUGAUCCAUCGGUGACGUCUGACCGAAAACACUGGUCUUUCGAAGUUAUCCAAGAGGGUGGUAAGCCAAAGGUCCGUGUGGAAUACAAGGGGGAGGUCAAGACGUUCUCGGCAGAGGAGAUAUCUUCAAUGGUGUUGACGAAAAUGAAGGAGACAGCCGAAGCAUAUCUGGGUACGAAGGUGAAGGAUGCUGUGAUUACUGUUCCGGCUUACUUCAAUGACAGCCAGCGUCAAGCGACGAAGGAUGCGGGUACGAUUGCUGGCCUGAACGUUUUGCGAAUAAUCAACGAACCGACAGCUGCUGCGAUUGCUUAUGGUUUGGACAAGAAGGUGGGUGGAGGUGAGCGACAUGUAUUGAUCUUUGAUCUCGAUGCCGGCAGUUGGGAUCGAUUUGGGCACUACAUACUCGUGCGUUGGAGUGUUCCAGCAUGGAAAAGUGGAAAUCAUUGCCAACGAUCAAGGAAAUCGCACGACACCCAGCUAUGUUGCGUUCACAGAUACCGAACGACUGAUUGGUGAUGCCGCCAAAAAUCAAGUAGCAAUCAAUCCAAGCAACACUGUGUUCGAUGCGAAAAGACUGAUCGGUCGGCGAUUUGAUGAUCCAUCGGUGACGUCUGACCGAAAACAUUGGUCUUUCGAAGUUAUCCAAGAGGGUGGUAAGCCAAAGGUCCGUGUGGAAUACAAGGGGGAGGUCAAGACGUUCUCGGCAGAGGAGAUAUCUUCAAUGGUGUUGACGAAAAUGAAGGAGACAGCCGAAGCAUAUCUGGGUACGAAGGUGAAGGAUGCCGUGAUUACUGUUCCGGCUUAUUUCAACGACAGCCAGCGUCAAGCCACGAAGGAUGCGGGUGCCAUUGCUGGCCUGAACGUUUUGCGAAUCAUCAACGAACCGACAGCUGCUGCGAUUGCUUAUGGUUUGGACAAGAAGGUGGGUGGAGGUGAGCGACAUGUAUUGAUCUUUGAUCUCGGUGGUGGUACGUUCGAUGUUUCCAUCCUCACGAUCGACGAUGGUGUUUUCGAAGUGAAGUCGACGGCGGGUGACACGCAUUUGGGCGGUGAGGAUUUCGAUAACCGAAUGGUGAGUCACUUCAUCCAAGAGUUUAAACGCAAGCACAAGAAGGACAUUUCGGACAACAAACGUGCUGUCCGUCGCCUUCGGACGGCGUGUGAACGUGCUAAGCGCACUUUGAGUUCGAGUGCGCAGGCGAACAUUGAGAUUGACUCGUUGCACGAGGGUAUCGAUUUCUACACGUCGAUCACACGUGCUCGGUUUGAGGAGCUGAAUGCGGACCUGUUCCGUAGUACGCUUGAUCCGGUGGAGAAGGCUUUGCGCGAUGCGAAGAUGGACAAGAGUGAGAUUCAUGACAUUGUGUUGGUGGGUGGUUCGACUCGAAUCCCGAAGGUGCAGAAGCUGCUUCAGGAUUUCUUCAAUGGUAAGGAGUUGAACAAAUCGAUCAAUCCGGAUGAGGCGGUUGCGUAUGGUGCUGCAGUUCAGGCUGCGAUUCUCAGUGGUGAUAAAUCGGAAGUUGUGCAGGACUUGCUUCUGUUGGAUGUGGCUCCUCUGUCGUUGGGUCUGGAGACGGCUGGUGGUGUUAUGACCGCUCUGAUUAAGCGGAACACCACAAUUCCCACGAAGCAGACGCAGACGUUUACAACCUAUUCGGACAAUCAGCCUGGAGUACUGAUUCAAGUGUAUGAAGGCGAGCGUGCGAUGACCCGUGACAAUAAUCUGUUGGGCAAGUUCGAGCUGUCGGGGAUUCCUCCGGCCCCACGUGGAGUGCCACAAAUCGAAGUGACUUUCGACAUAGAUGCGAACGGUAUUCUGAAUGUGUCGGCGGUGGACAAGAGCACGGGUAAGCAGAACAAGAUAACGAUAACGAAUGAUAAGGGUCGUUUGUCGAAGGAUGAGAUUGACCGUAUGGUGGCUGACGCGGAGAAGUACAAGGCGGACGACGAACACCAGCGUGAUCGUGUGGCAGCGAAGAAUGCACUGGAGAGUUACGCCUAUUCGAUGAAGCAGACUGUUGAGGAUGAGAAGGUGAAAGACAAGAUUUCGGAGUCUGACCGUAAGUUGAUCAGCGAGAAGUGUUCUGAGGUGAUAUCUUGGGUGGAUGGGAAUCAGACUGCGGAGAAGGACGAAUAUGAGCACAAACAGAAGGAGUUGGAGAAGGUGUGCAAUCCGAUCAUAACGAAGAUGUACCAGGCUGCUGGUGGCGGUGGUGAGGGUAUGCCUGGUGGUAUGCCCGGUGGAUUUCCAGGUGGAUUCCCUGGUGCAGGAGGUGGAGCUGCUUCCGGUGGUGGUGCUCGUGGCCCGACGAUCGAAGAGGUGGAUUGAGUGGUGGUGCCCGGGGCCCGACGAUUGAGGAAGUGGACUGAAUAGUGCGAGUCACCCAUUAAUUAGCAUCACGGGGCCCGACGAUUGAGGAAGUGGACUGAAUAGUGCGAGUCACCCAUUAUAUCAUUAGCAUCACUCUUAAUACACACUUAUUUCUCUCAGUAGUCCUUUUUUAGAGUCCGG